AUGAGCCUGUUUGAGCUGGUCAAGGGCAAGGUCGCCCAGGCGUGCGGCCGCGGCAAGAAGCCCAACAAGGAAGCCAACACAUUCGAAGAUGCCAGUCGCUACGGCUUUAUAACGCUACACAGGAUUCAGCUGAGGGAGCUCAUUAAGGCGCCACACGUGGCCGACACCAUCAACAACGCCUUCACCCACUACGCCUCCCGCCCGUAUCUCGGCGUUAAACGAACGCGUCAAUCAUCGUCGUCGUCUUCUUCAUCAUCGCCUUCAUCAUCAUCAUCAUCAUCAUCACCUUCGUUGUCUUCUCGUGGCGCUGCCUCCUACCACUACUUCACCUAUGGCGAGAUUCACGAUCGGGUGCGGGACUUCAGUCGCGGCCUGCGGCAAGUCAUGGAGGCCGAGCUGGGCGUACGCCACUUGUUGUCGACCGCCGGCGGCGAUGCCACGUCACCCAAAGAAAACGAAGACAAGAAACAAAAAACGAAGAAAGCGAAAGUGAAAGAGAAGAAGAGCGAGAAAGCGAAAGCGAAGACGAAGGGCGGUAAGGAGAAGGGAGAAGAGAAGGAUGAGGCGGAAGAGGCGAUCGACGGGGAAGGCGAGCAGCCCGCGAUCGGGUUGUGUUCCCUGAAUCGUAUGGAGUGGAUCGUGGCCGACUUCGCGACGCUCUUCCUGGGCUACGUGACCGUGCCCCUUCACGUCCCCUUUGAGUCCUCUCAAAAGGAGUACAUCAUCAACAACGCCAACAUUUCUGUGCUGGUGGUCGGCGGCCCACGCGCGCACAGGAGCGACGAUGACGAAGGCGAUGAUGACAGCCGAUUCGAGGUGCUGCACGAAAUGCUGGAGCUAAGUGCUACUUGUCCCUCGCUCAAGCUCAUCGUCUCCAUGGAGGACCCCACCACCGACCACCUCGAAAGAGCCAAAUCCCUUGGCCUGCGACUGCUCUCCUUCGCGGAGCUGGAGCGAUCGGGCGCCAAUCUACGCCGCAGCGAGCGCGAGUUUCGGCUGGUGCGCCGGAAGCCGGCCGAUCUUUACACGCUCAUGUACACCAGCGGCAGCACCGGGAGACCCAAGGGUGUGAUGAUUUCCUACGCGGGCUGGAACUCGAUGCUCACCAAAGGCACCAUCUCCCACGAUCCACUCGUGGUGUUCUCGUUCUCGCCGAUGGCGCACAUGUUCGACCGAAAGAACGUGGCCUUCACGCUGGUCCAAGGCGGCCGGGUCGGCAUCUUCGAGAGCGACAUGUCCCGCAUUUUCGAUGAUAUUUUGCUGGUGCGGCCGACCAUGUUCGCAUCGACCCCGCGGUUGUGGAACAUCCUCUACAGCCGCUACCAGGAGGAGCUCGCGGCGGAGCGGAAGCGCAAGGAGGCCGAGCUCGGCGGCGGCGAGCCUCGCGAGCUGACUGCCGACGAACUCAAGGCCAUCGAAUUGCCUCUCCUCGACAAAUACGAGAAGACGCUCGGUGGCAGGGUGGCGUAUGUGGUGUCUGGAGGCGCGCCCACGGCACCAGCGGUGCUGAGGUUCAUCCAGCGGUGCUUCCACCGCUCCAUGGUCUCGGAUGGCUACGGCUCAACGGAGGUGGGUGCCAUUUCGCACGACCACCGCGUGUCGAACGCCGCGGAGGUCAAACUCGUGGACGUGCCCGAAAUGGGCUACUUCGCCACCGACAAGCCCUUCCCCAGGGGUGAGAUCUAUGUGCGGACGAAAACGAUGGCCCAGGGCUACUACAAGGACCCCGAUGCCACGUCAGCCGCCUUCACCGACGACGGCUGGUUCCGGACGAAAAACAUCUUCAAGCUCGCCCAAGGCGAAUUCGUGGCGCCGGAGAAGCUGGAGUGCAUCUACCAGGAGUGCGCCAUCGUCGACCAGGUCUUCGUCUACGGCACCCCGCUGAAGGAGUACCUCACCGCUGUCGUCGUGCCCAACUUCCCGCUGGUGCGAGCGUGGGCGCAGAGCAAAGCGGACGCCUCGCUGGACGCGGCGCUCGACGACCCUCCCGCUCUAUGCGCACAUCCCGCCGUCAAACGGUAUGUGGUGCACGAGUUGUACCGAAUCGGGGCCAAGGCGGGAAUCCAGUCGUUCGAGUUCGUGCGAGGCGUCCACCUCGAGACGGAGCAGUUCACCAUCGACAACGGACUCCUCACGGGACCGCAGAAGCUGAAGCGGCAGGCGCUGAACGACAAGUACGCCUCCAUCAUGGACCAGCUCUACGACGAGUUGGACGAUCCCAUCGUCAUGCAACAGACCUUGCUCUCCAUGCUCGGGGACAUGACAGAGAAUGCGGAAAAGCUGACGCAAGAGGGCAAGGCGCUCACGCUGCGCAACCUGGGCAUGGACUCCCUCACCGCAGUCCGCCUGGUCUCUCAGCUCAAGGACCAGUACCAAGUGGAGAUGAGCGUGCAGGCGCUGUUCCAAGAGAACCUGACCGUGGCCGACCUCGCCGAGAUGAUGACCAAGGGCGCCACUUCCGAAGCCCCGCCCGAACUCGCCGCGGUCCUGCUGACUGGCGCGACGGGCUUCCUGGGCGUGUUUCUGCUGUUGGAGCUCCUCAAGCAGACCACGGCCACCAUCCACUGCCUCGUACGCGGCGACGACCCACAGACCGCACGCGCACGAUUGCUGCGCGUUCUCGAAGACGCCUUGCCCCCAGGCGAGGAGCGGGAUGGUGAUGAGUGGGACCGGGUGAAGGUGGUGUGCGGGGAUCUGUCGCGCGAGCGUCUGGGGCUGGCCGAGGAGCAGUUCGCGGAGCUGGCCAGCGGCGUCGACGCCAUCUACCACAACGGGGCCGUCGUCAACAGCGUGCUGCCCUACUCGGCCCUCAAGCAAGAAAACGUCGACAGCACCGAAUGGCUGCUGCGGAUGGCGUGCAUGAAUGAGAGGAAGGCGGUGGCGUUUUACUACGUGUCCACCAUCGGCGUCCUGUCCGCACCCGGGCCGAUGGCACGCACGCUCCGCGAGGACGACCCCGUGCCCGACCUCUUCCUCGAUAAGUCGAAGUGGGUGAGUGAGAACAAGGUGAGGGAGGCGCGCCGGCGCGGCCUCUACGCGCUGGUCUUCCGCCCUGGCCGCGUGUGGGCUCACUCCCAGACCGGCUACUCCAAUCCCCACGACUUCCUGGUGCUUGCCCUGAAGGGCAUGCUGCAGCUGGGCAGCGCGCCCCAGGUGUCGCCCGACAAUCGGCACAACCUGGCGCCGGUCGACUUUGUCAGCCGGGCAAUCGUCCACAUCUCCCUCGCCGCACGCCGCGACCACCUCACCACUCCGCCUCGCCAGCUUCUCUCCUCCCUCGUCUCUACCUCACUCGCCGCCGCUGCCGUAUCGGCGUCGGCGUCGGCGUCGGCAUCCGAGCCGUCGGAAUCGGCGUUGCCGGCGUCAACGUCGGCGUCGGCGUCGGCGUCUGAUGCGGAGGUGAUUGCGGUCAACGUGAUCAAUCCGCUGCGGUCGCCGGCCGUGGCGGAGGUGAUUGCGGCGCUGGUGGCCUGGGCCGGGGAGCGAGGCCAGCAGCGGGUGGCGGUGGUGCCCUACCACCAGUGGCUCGCCCGACUCGUCGCCGUGCCCGCCAACGCGGUCUACCCGCUGCGGCGGGUGUUCGAGGCCAGCGGCGACGAUUUCCCGGCGUCGAAUGUCGAUACGUUCCACCACGCCAACCUCCUCCGCUACUGCGUCGGCUGUCCUGGUGGUGUUGAGUGCACGGCAACGCCCGGGCGCGACCCGGUGGUUGCACAGGAGGUAACAGUUGCAGGCCUGAACGCCACAGUAUUCCCAUUCCUGGCGGCCAAGGGCGUCUUUUGA